AUGCCUGUGAAAGAGUGCAUAGCAUGCUCAAAACUGCUGCCUGAUGAUGGACAAUUUCUAACCUGCGUAGGAUGCUCUUUUCCGUACCACAUGGGUACUCCUUGCUCAGGUGUGGCGGAAUCUACGUUCCAGUUGGAUACUGCGAACCUGUCAGCUCAGUUUGCUGAAGUGAACGAAAAGCUGGAUCAACUUCUUUCACUUAAGGACAAAGUAGAUAGUCUCCUUGGACUACCAGCUCAGGUCAAUGACUUGUUGACCUUAAAAACAACAUUCGAAGAAAUGAAGGCCACUGUGAACGAGCUGAAGACCUCCGUGGAGUUCAACUCGGGCCAAUAUGACCACCUACUUCUCGAAAUGACAAGUAAAAAGGAAAUAAAAGACCUAAAAGCAGAGAUGACUCAACUGAAAAAUGUUGUGUCUGAGAACGCUGCAUGCAUCUCCCAUCUACAGGUCGAGUUAAACGACGCUGAACAGUACAACCGCCUGGCUAAUUUAGAAAUCCAUGGCAUGCCGGUAUCAACCAAUGAAGACCUAAAAAAGUCCGUCUUCGACCUCGCAGACAAACUGUCAAUCACAUCUUUUCAACCUUCUGACAUGGUGGCUGUCCACAGGCUCCCAAGCAAAAAGGAUAAGAUCCCCCCGAUUUUGGUUCGAUUUUCGUCAUCAGCUGCACGAGAGAUAUGGAUGAAGGCACGUGGCACUCUGCGCGAACUCGCACAAGCGAGAACUCUACCCCAGCUUUAUUAUAACGAGAAUCUCACCCAGAUCAACCGAAACCUGUUCUGGCAGGCUCGAACAGGGGGAAAGGAGAAAAGAUUCAAGUAUGUUUGGGUUCGAAAUGGCAAGAUCUUCGCCAAGCGGCAAGAUGAGGCAACCACAGUGCGCAUCAGUUGUGAACACGAUCUUGAACUGAUAAACUAA